GAUUUUGAAUACGUAGCAGUAUCAGUAACAAAGAUGUUGCCUUUGAAAAUUAAUGAAGUAGAAACUAUCUACCCAGAUCAGAAAGCUUGCCUAAACCACACACAACCUUUACAGACAAUUAUUUGAGGCAUCUUUUGGUAAUGUUGCAAACAGUGACUAUAAAAGUUACACACUUGCGAAACUAGUCGAACUGAGUAUAGCUGGAGCACGUAAGAGCCUUCCAGUCCGGUCAUAGCUCACUUUCAUGGCCUCCACCAUGGAACAGUCCCACCGAAGAGAUGAAUCAGAAUUCAGUUUAAGAGAAUGGGACCUCAAAGCCCGUAUCAGUCGCGAAAACACAAAUUCCAGAAGGUUUUCAGCGUCAAACAUCAGAAGCUUUAGAGAAGAUACAAGGUCUUUCAGAUCAAACAUAACUAUUUCAAGCACUGCUUCUUCACCUGGCUACUCCUUAAAAGAUGAAAUCGACCCUUCAACAUAUUCAUUUACCACUGCUCUUAAAGCAUUGCAGGCAAGGUCAGGCUAUUAUAGUUGGGAAUGCUUAUCGCCAGAAGGGUUUGCUUUGAACUCCAAGUGGAAUGAAGCAGAAAAAUAUAUAUGCAACCCACUGUCAGGCGAGGUUCCAAUGGAGUGCUUGUCUGCUAAAACACUAAGUGGAAGAUCAUUUCGUAACUUAACAAAUAGAAUUACCAUGUCUGCACCUCUAAUAUACUCUUCCCAUUCGCGACUACUCCAAACUAAGCCUACAACUUCUGUGCACGAAGGCUUGGUACUCCAAUUGCCAAUUCCAGAAAAUAAAGCAGAAGGUAUGACUAGAGAUGUGGGGACUCAAAGCACACUGCCUGAUCUUAGCUCAAGCAGUCCAAGCCCUGCUUCGACCCCUUCCAUUAUAGAGAGAGCAAUGAACCGAUAUGGACUAGAAGAUGUAGAUUCACCUCAUUCACAUGCAAAAAUUAAAACCAAAGAAGAGGUUGAAGUGAAAGAAACAAGAGACACAGAAGAAACAAAAAGAGAAAAGGAAAAGGAAGAGAGAAAAGAGAAAGAUAGGGAAAUGUGCAGGCAAGGUGGAUGCUUGUCGUGGAUGAGAAAGAAAAGGCAGAGAGGUAAACAGAAACCAAGAAUUUACAAUAUCUUUCUAACUCAUCUCAAAGGGUGCUAAAGAAACAGUACUUGGAAAAAAGGAAAAUUGGGUAAAGAAUAUCAUUGGAGGCUGGGGAGAUUCUCUUCCCUCUCUGUCUGUCUGUCUGUCUUUCUGUCUGUCUCUCUCUAUUAUUCAGGGAGGGUAGCAGGGUCAGUGAGUGUGACUGAGAGGAGAAAAAUGAUCACUCAAGGAAGGGAUUGGGUCUCUGGUGAUUGUUUUCCUUCUGGGUUUUUUGUGUUGCUGUUAAUGGUGCUAAGCUUAAUGCUAUAUUUUGUUUCUGUCACGGUUUAAGAUUGGCUGACAGCUUGGGAUUCACGUGCAUGCUGUUGUUUCUGCCUUCAGAAUGGAAUGGCUCUCUCUUGCUAUC